AAACCCUCCCAACUCUCUCUGUCUCUGACUCAAUCUGGGAAGCUUCUUCCGCACGAAUAUAAUUAAAACCCAUUCCCUUAUUACCUGCUCCUCCCCCUCCACCACCUCCUCCUCUGUUGCCGUUAAUCAUUUUUCUAUUUAUCUACUACGGCUUGGGUCGUGACCAAGUAGUGCUUGUUGUUUCUCUCACGACUCGGUCCAUCUCCCUCCACCGCACUUCCUUCUGUCCAAGCAAUGCAAGAAGAAGACAGCUAGACUUCACAUCUCUCUGUUUGAACUCUUUCUCAGCAACAAAAAGAACCCUCCUUUUAAGAUUUCUGAUCGGACCCCAGCAGAUCUCAGCCCUCCCCACUGCUUAUAACUCUCCAAGGUACGGUUUAUCACCUGGAUCUGAUAAUUUCUUGGUCCUCUCUUUCGGGCGUGGUCCCGAUCUUCCCUCCUUCAAGGAUUUAUUCAUAGUUCUGUGACAGUGAGGGAUCAUGGCAUCGAAAUCAUUCAAGGGAAGCCGAUCAACAUUAUCUCAAAGCUCAGAGUCAGCUGAAAUCAAGCCUCCACUGCCUCCUACCGUGACCUUUGGUAGAAGAACUUCAUCGGGCCGCUAUGUCAGCUACUCGAGGGAUGAUCUCGACAGUGAACUUGGGAGCGGUGAUUUUGUGAACUAUACUGUGCAUAUCCCCCCCACCCCUGAUAAUCAGCCGAUGGAUCCAUCAAUCUCACAGAAGGUCGAGGAGCAGUACGUGUCGAAUUCUCUCUUUACGGGCGGAUUCAAUAGUGUCACUCGAGCUCAUUUGAUGGACAAGGUCAUCGAAUCCGAAGCUAGUCAUCCCCAGAUGGCUGGCGCUAAAGGAUCUUCUUGUGCAAUCCCUGGUUGCGAUGCCAAGGUGAUGAGUGAUGAGCGGGGCAUGGACAUACUCCCUUGUGAAUGUGACUUCAAGAUUUGCCGUGAUUGCUACAUUGAUGCUGUGAAGACGGGCGGUGGGAUUUGCCCAGGAUGUAAGGAGCUUUAUAAGAACACAGAUUUGGAUGAGAUUGCGGUGGAUAAUGGGCGUCCCCUUCCGCUUCCACCACCUGUUGGCAUGUCCAAAAUGGAAAGGCGCUUGUCAUUGAUGAAAUCGACAAAAUCUGUUCUUAUGAGGAGCCAGACUGGUGAUUUUGAUCAUAACAGAUGGUUGUUCGAAACAAGGGGCACAUAUGGAUAUGGAAAUGCCAUAUGGCCCAAGGAUGGGGGUUUUACUGGAAAGGACGAUGAUGUUGUGGAGCCAACUGAGUUGAUGAACAAACCAUGGCGGCCUCUGACUAGGAAACUCAAGAUCCCUGCUGCUAUUCUCAGCCCAUAUAGGCUUCUCAUUGUUGUUCGGAUGGUUGUUCUUGGGCUGUUUCUGGCAUGGAGAAUUAGUCACCCAAACAAUGAUGCUGUUUGGCUGUGGGGCAUGUCUGUGGUCUGUGAGGUUUGGUUUGCUUUCUCUUGGCUUCUCGACCAACUUCCCAAGCUCUGCCCGGUUAAUCGUGCUACAGAUCUUAAUGUUUUGAAAGAGAAAUUUGAAACUCCUAGCCAGAAUAAUCCUGCUGGGAAGUCUGACCUCCCUGGAGUUGAUGUUUUUGUCUCAACUGCUGAUCCGGAGAAAGAACCGCCUCUUGUCACUGCAAACACCAUCCUGUCCAUUCUAGCUGCCAAUUACCCAGUCGAAAAGCUAGCUUGCUAUGUUUCUGAUGAUGGAGGUGCACUUCUAACCUUCGAGGCCAUGGCAGAAGCUGCAAGUUUUGCAAACAUUUGGGUUCCUUUUUGUCGAAAGCAUGAUAUAGAGCCUAGGAACCCGGAAUCAUAUUUCAACCUGAAAAGGGAUCCUUACAAAAAUAAAGUCAAGGAAGACUUUGUCAAAGAUCGUAGGCGGGUAAAGAGGGAAUAUGAUGAGUUCAAAGUGCGUAUCAACGGACUGCCCGAGUCAAUCCGCCGCCGAUCUGAUGCCUAUCAUGCCAGGGAGGAAAUCCAGGCAAUGAAGAAUAGGAGAAAGAACAGAGACGAUGAACCUGCGGAGGCUGUGAAGAUUCCAAAAGCGACGUGGAUGGCUGAUGGCACACACUGGCCAGGGACUUGGAUGAAUCCUGGACCAGAGCACUCUAGGGGUGACCAUGCUGGUAUCAUACAGGUGAUGUUAAAACCGCCAAGUGACGAACCACUGCUUGGCACUGCUGAUGAUGCUAAGAUAAUAAACCUUACUGAUGUUGAUAUCCGCCUUCCCUUGCUUGUUUACGUAUCUCGUGAAAAACGUCCUGGAUAUGAUCACAACAAGAAGGCAGGGGCUAUGAAUGCACUAGUUCGUGCCUCAGCUAUUAUGUCUAAUGGCCCAUUCAUUCUCAACCUUGAUUGUGACCACUACAUCUACAACUCACAGGCAUUGAGGGAAGGGAUGUGCUUCAUGAUGGACAGAGGGGGGGACCGCAUUUGCUAUGUCCAAUUUCCCCAGAGAUUUGAGGGUAUUGAUCCUUCAGAUAGGUAUGCCAAUCACAACACUGUCUUCUUUGACGUGAAUAUGCGAGCCCUUGAUGGGGUCCAAGGCCCUGUCUAUGUGGGAACAGGAUGUCUCUUCCGGAGGGUUGCUCUUUAUGGGUUUGACCCCCCACGUUCAAAAGAGCAUCAUCCUGGUUGCUGUAGCUGCUGCUUUGCCCGUCGCAAAAAGGUGGGUAGUACCUCCGAAGAGAAAAGGGCCUUAAGAAUGGGUGAUUCUGACGAUGAAGAGAUGAACCUCUCCCUAAUCCCUAAGAAGUUUGGGAACUCAACUUUCCUGAUCGAGUCGAUACCAGUGGCAGAAUUCCAAGGUCGUCCCCUUGCAGAUCACCCUGCUGUGAAGAAUGGACGUCCCCCGGGUUCCCUUACCAUCCCCAGAGAUCUUCUUGAUGCAUCUACCGUUGCAGAAGCAAUCAGUGUCAUCUCCUGUUGGUAUGAGGACAAGACAGAGUGGGGGCAUCGUGUAGGAUGGAUUUAUGGGUCGGUUACUGAAGACGUGGUCACUGGUUACAGAAUGCACAACCGGGGAUGGAAAUCAGUUUAUUGUGUGACCAAGCGUGACGCUUUCAGAGGAACUGCUCCUAUUAAUCUUACUGAUAGGCUCCAUCAAGUCCUUCGCUGGGCCACUGGCUCAGUUGAAAUUUUCUUCUCGCGCAACAAUGCCCUCUUGGCUAGCCCAAGAAUGAAACUUCUCCAGAGGAUAGCAUACCUUAACGUCGGUAUCUACCCCUUCACGUCCAUUUUCCUGAUUGUCUAUUGCUUCCUCCCCGCCCUUUCCCUCUUUUCGGGCCAGUUCAUCGUCCAGGAAUUGAAUGUUACGUUCCUGACCUACCUCUUGACCAUCACCCUUACUUUGUGCAUGCUUGCGGUGCUUGAGAUUAAGUGGUCUGGUAUUGAGCUAGAAGAGUGGUGGCGGAAUGAGCAGUUUUGGCUGAUUGGUGGUACCAGUGCGCACCUUGCUGCUGUGAUUCAGGGGUUACUGAAAGUUGUUGCUGGGAUUGAAAUUUCUUUCACACUUACGUCGAAGUCUGGUGGUGAUGAUGUUGAUGAUGAGUUCGCUGAUCUCUACGUAGUCAAGUGGACAUCCCUGAUGAUACCACCAAUUACUAUUAUGAUGACGAAUUUAAUUGCUAUAGCGGUUGGUUUUAGCAGGACAAUUUACAGCGUGAUUCCUCAGUGGAGCCGUUUGAUAGGUGGAGUUUUCUUCAGUUUUUGGGUCUUGGCUCAUCUGUAUCCUUUUGCAAAGGGGCUCAUGGGAAGACGUGGGCGCACUCCUACCAUUGUUUUCGUUUGGUCAGGACUCAUCGCGAUCACCAUAUCACUUCUUUGGGUGGCAAUCAACCCCCCAGCCGGGUCAACCCAAAUCGGUGGCUCUUUCCAGUUCCCCUGAUAGGUUAUGCUUUUUAACAUGCUUUAUCUGUUUAGUGACGAUUAGCCCAUUCUUUUUUAAAUGAGAUGAUCAUGUUGACAAGGACGUGGGUAUGUUCUAUUUACUAUGCCCGUUUGAAUUUUGUUCCAUAGAGCAGUUGGCGUUUAGAUGGCUCGGCAUAGAAAAAUGGACAGUGGACGAGGCCCUUGUUCAUUGUUUGUAUGAAAUGAUUAGCGACAUGGCUUGACUUA